AUGCCGGGAGGAUUCCGAUCGUCGGCUGGGGUAAAAUUGCGGGUGUGUAGGGCGGACUUCCGUAUUACGAGCGGGAUUGCCUGGAUGAACCUGUUGGCAUCCCUUUCAUUUUCCUCUUUGUUUUUGAUCCUAUCCUUUCAAGAAUCUGUUUGUCAGGAUGAAUUCUUUUCCAAGUACUCAUGUGAGAAUGAGGACAUCAAGAAAUUUAUUGUGAACAGACAUAAUGAACUGAGGCUCAAUGUCCAACCAACCCCUGCAAAUAUGCUAAGGAUGAAAUGGCAUGAGGAAGCAGCAGCAAAUGCAAUUAAAUGGGCUAAAACAUGUCCUACGGGCCAUAGCAAGCAAGAUCUUCGAAGAACCGAUGCUUGGGGAUGUGGAGAGAACCUGUUCCUAUCUAGCAGGCUGAUCAGCUGGUCUAAAGUUUUGCAAGGCUGGUGGGAUGAAAAUAAAGACUUUCAAUAUGGAAAAGGAGCAACAGAAGAAGGCAAAGUUAUUGGCCAUUACACCCAGUUUGUCUGGCACAAAUCUUGGCAAUUAGGCUGCGCUAUACAUUUUUGCCCCCAGAGUCCUUUAUGCUAUAUCUAUGUGUGCCAUUACUGCCCUGCGUUUAGGUUUUCUGUCCACAAUGUGUCACCACACAUUCAAAGGGAGAAGCAGGUUUGCUACUAUGGGAAAAUAGAGUGCCCCCUGACCAGUGCUGUCGCUGAGCAGAUGUGCUGUUGUUUGGGAGGGGGUUGCUGGCAAGGAAUGGUCACUGGGGGGAAGGCGAUCAGCAGCUCUGUCUGGUACCCUUCCCAGAUCACUGACAUCACUGGUUGCCAGGACCUAAGAGAGGCGCAAGCCAGAGUGUCCUGCUCAGCUCUUGCCAACCGGUGA